AUGUCUCUCCUUAUCUCUAUUUCUCUUCUUCUAUUUCUAUUCUCUCUAAAUUCUUCUAACCCUUCUAGCUCUAAUUUUCUGGAUAUCGCCACAACUUAUCAGGCAGUUGACUACGGUAUUGCUACUGACCAGCAUCAACAAUGUCUUGCAUGGAAACUAUGGUGGAAGACCCAACAGUCGCUGCAAGACCCAUCGCCAACUGAGUUUGAUUUGUUGGCUUUGAGAAGAGCAGAAGUUUGGAUUAGAAAUGAAAAUGAUGCAGAGAAAUAUGAAGUUCCAGUGGAGUUGUUGCAAAAUUUUACGACAAUCCGGAUAGUCUUCCGAAAUGUUUGCCGCCUUCUUCCUCGUGUCCUCCAGAUUUCUUCUCCUUUAGCUGCCCGUAGAAGUCGGAUUACUCUCGAUGUUCUCUGUCAGACAUACAACUAUUCGGAUCCAGAAGUCAAUGAACUCGUUCUUACCAACUAUGAAGAUGCGCAAGCGAAUGCCAUUGGAAUAGAUCAACUCUUGUUUCUCGAUCAUCAAUCUGUGAUGAUAGUGAUGCCAUCAGCAUGUAAUUCCAGUGAAAAUGAUGAGAAAGAGAUUGCCAAACAGUAUUAUUUGGAAAAAUACGGAGAUUUUUCAUUCAAUGUGAGCAAUUUGAACAUUGAAAUGGAUAAGUUGCAUGAGAUGGUUCACGAUUUGAAGCCAUUGGAUCUAAUUAUGAGUCAAAACCUUGGCCUAGAUUACCAACGACCUCUUCCAUCCUCUACAAUUCUUCCAUUUCUCAAAAAGAUAGAGUACGAUGCUCGUCAACCACCAACUCUUCACGUGGAUGAUACUGUAACUGUGAAAGUUGGAAUGUCUGUUCAAUCUAUGAGUAACUUUGAGCUCUCUACUAUGGAUUAUGACCUUGAUGCAUGGGUCCGGAUGUCUUGGAUAGAUCCCCGUCUCCGACAUGAUCUAUCUCGUCCGAUUCUUGUCAAUGACUACACUUUUCUGAAAAUGAUCUGGAGACCUGAUCCCAUAUUCACUAAUGCUAAAUAUUCUACAUUCCACAAAGUGACUUACCUCAAUUUCUAUUUGUUCAUAUUCCCAGAUGGAAAGGUUUUCAUGGAUAUGAGAGUCUACUUGAAACCAACUGCAGCUCAAAUCGUUUUGUGUAAAUAUCCACAUGACAACCCAGCGGUUUCGUUGAAAAUCAGUUCAAUGGGAUUCACACAAGAUGUGGUGAAACUGGAAUGGUUUUCCAAUUCUAAUGACGCAAUCAGAAUAGAGAAAAAUGUUCGAAUUCCUGAAUUGAGUAUCCGGAAUUUACAUCCAGACACUUGCAAUGGAGUGAGAAAAUCUGGAGUGUAUUCUUGUCUGGAAGCGAAAUUUUAUAUGCAUCGAGAAGUUGGUUAUCACAUUGCGAACACCUAUAUUCCAACAGCAAUCUGUGUAGUGUUCUCAUGGAUUUCAGUCUGGUUGCCAGAGGAAUUCGUGGAAGGUCGAAUAUUCGUAUCGCUCACCGUGUUUCUCACACUAUCCGCUGAAAAUAAUUCUGCAAAAGAAGAACUUCCGAAAGUCUCCUACGUGAAAGCCAUCGAUAUCUGGUUUGGAUUCACUUCCACCUUUGUAUUCGUAACUAUGCUCCAAGCUCUUGUUGUCAUUUCAUUGGAACACAACAGUAAACGUUUGAGACUAAAAUCUGAAAGCAAUCUGGAUGGGUAUAGUAAAUAUCAGGUGACCAAAUCAAUGCUUCUCAGUCGGUAUUACCAUCGAAUGGCUCGACAAAUUGACACUUUUUGUAAAGUUAUGUAUCCGGUGAUUUUUAUAUUAUUCUUGAUGUUUUAUGUGUUUGUUAUUACUCAAGGAGAUGAGAGGAAGUGCAUUAAAAAUUGA